AUGGAACUGCUGAUGGGGGAACAGCCUCGGGAGGAAUUGAAAAUUUUUGACCCAGAAUGUUUUGAUACCUAUGUCAAAAAUCUAGAAGACUCUGAUACAGUCCACGCCAUGUGCAAUGACUACCGAGCCAGCGCCUCGUUUGACCUAGACGAGGCCCGGGAAGAUAUAAGAAAUCAUCGAUUGGUGCAAUGCCCAGUGUUAGUUGUAUGGAGCAAACAUGGUGUUAUCGAGAAGUCUUUCAAGGCAGUUGAAGAAUGGAAAGCAGUGGCGGAACGAAGUGUUUCUGUGCAGGGCUACAGUGUUGAUUCCGGUCAUUCCAUUCCGGAGCAAGCACCUGAAUCAGUUUUGUCUGCAAUUCGUGAAUUUUGUCGAGAGUGA